CUGGGGGUGAGUUGCGGGCUGGCUGACGUUAGCGCAGCCCGAGCACGGCGGUGAGUGAACUGUUUUGUCAACGGGGGCGAUUGACCUGCCUUCCCCCGGCCCCCACAGCACCGCCUGUCCCAAGGCGGCUGCAUUGUUUUGUAACUAGAGAGGGACGGACACUGGCCUGGUACCCACUGCUCCUUUCAGUAAAUUCUCUUUUGGGGGUGGGCUCUGUUCAGGGCGGCAUGGUGCUCUGGGCAUCCAUCUGCUAUGCUAAUGAGCUGUGCUGCAGUCCAGUGAGCGACCUCAGUGGGCCUAAGGCAGGGCUACUCAACUUGGAAGCCCCGGGGGCCACAACUUAAGUGUGGUUGCAUAUACAUGCAAAUAUAUAUGCAAAUAGCAUCUUUCACACUGAUGGGCAUGAAUACAAAGAUUAAGGCAAGACUGCACAACACACAGGUCAGGUCCCGUUUAAGUUAGGUUUGCCAAAAUUAAUAAAAUGCAAUAUUUAACUCAUUACCACCGGUAUGACAGAAGUUUUAAUGAGCAAUGACAGUUCAGGAAUUUAACUACUAAAACGCUUAUCAACAGAAGACCAUUCUAUUGCCUACUUUUUUGUUUUGGCUUCCACCCACAGGCUACGUAUUGAGUCCUGCGUAAAUCCAAACUGCACCACUGGCUGCAAACAAAUGGGCCAUGGGCCGCGUGUUGAGUAGCCCUGACCUAAGGGAGUAUGGUGUUUGUGUGACAAUACUGCCUGGAGCUUGCUGGACUUGUUUCUCCCAGGGGAGCAGCUGUGCAGAUAGGCCACCCAGGGAGAGCUGAGCUGUGCUCUGCUCUGCAUGGUGGUCCUUUCACUAUUUCUCUUACCUUCAUUUUCUGUGCUCUGUUCCUUCCUGGGCAGGAUGAGCAUGUUCUGACAUGGCAUUGCAGUGCAAAACUCAGACUCUUCAAGUGGUAGACACUGAAUACAGUGCAGAUGCUGUGGAGUGGUGUCCUGUGGAAGGCUGGCACAGUAUUCUGGUUUGUGGCACUUACCAGCUAAAGAAACCAGAUAGAAAGCCUGGUGCAAACCCCAGUGAGAGUGAUGAGCCCCACACGCGGCUUGGGCGCCUCUAUCUGUAUCACUACAGCGAAGAGCAGCCCUUCAUCCCACUGACUGAAAUUCAAAGGAUUGAGACUGCUGCCAUUCUAGACUUGAAAUGGUGCCAUAUUCCUGUCGCAGAACAUCCCAUGUUGGGCAUUGCAAAUGCCAAGGGAGCUGUGGAGCUUUGCCACCUGACUGGGAGUGAGAAGAACAGCUGCGUGUUGGAUCCACUCUGCAGUGUUGAUUUGGGAGCACAAUGUAUUGCCUUGUCUCUGGACUGGUCCACCAGACGGGAGCAAUGUGGGCGCCCACUGAGAAUAAUCAGCAGUGAUUCAAAGGGGAAGCUGAAUCUACUGUCAGUCGAUGAGUCUGCUCCUUCUGUGCACAUCCUCAGCCAGUGGAAGGCUCACAACUUUGAGGCCUGGAUUGCUGCUUUUAAUUACUGGGACACAAACAUUGUGUAUUCAGGUGGAGAUGACUGUAUGUUGAGGGGCUGGGACAUCAGGUGCAACCCAGAAAUGCCUAUCUUCACCAGUGAGAGACAUUCAAUGGGUGUGUGCAGCAUUCAAUGCAAUCCACACCGAGAGUUUCUUCUGGCAACAGGAAGGUGUGUGUGUGUUUCCAGCUAUGAUGAACACGUCUUGCUGUGGGACACCAGGAAUAUGAAACAGCCAUUGGCAGACACCCAUGUCCAAGGAGGAGUUUGGAGACUGAAGUGGCAUCCGACACAUGAACACUUGCUGUUGGCUGCUUGCAUGCAUAAUGGAUUCAAAAUCCUUGACUGCCAAGGAAGUAUGGCAGAAAACACUGAGGAAUGUACUGUUGUGUCAUCCUACAUCUUGCAUAACUCCUUGGCUUAUGGAGCUGAUUGGUCAAGACUCUCCCCAAAGGAUCCCCUGGCUGUAAAACAGGACCCAUUUUCUGCACUUGACUCGUCUGAAGGACCAGUGGCAAGUUCAGAUCAAGGAGACAAGAAACUGGAUCUGCAAAUCCAGAACCUGAAGAUAGUUUAUGAAUCUCCUACAGCUAGCUUUGAUGUAGUGUUAGAUGAGGAGGGUGAAGGCGCUGCCUCACAGGUCAGGCCAAAGAGUGGCUCUGACCCACCUUCUCAGCAUCCUGAUGGAAAAGGGUUGGACAACAAGAGUGAUCAAACUGAAUUAGCAAAGGCUGAGAGAAAAGUCAGCAUCCUAGCAACGUGUUCAUUUUAUGAUAACAUCCUACAUGUUUGGAAAUGGGAAAUAAGUCAAAUCAACCCUUCAGAGUAAAAUGUUAAAUAUUAUUCUGUCUGAAAACACACUUUCACUUGAACAGCCUUGAAAAGUUCAUCUCUCUCUCUCUCUUUCAAAUGCCCCAGAGGGAAGGUAUAGGAGAUUUUUUUUUGUACAGGCAGUCCCCGGGUUACGUACAAGAUAGGGACUGUAG